AGCUUGACCAUGGCUCGACAACUUCCCUGUACCAGAAUGGUGCCCUCUACCAAACUUGCGCUUCAAGUAAUUCUACUGUCACUGGGACAAACUGUUCUCUGCCAAACUUUAGCUACUCCCUGGCAAUUCGACAUCUUUGAGGGACUUGUCAUCAGCACAGGAAGUUUCAAUACGUCGACUGUUCCCACUGUCUGUGAAUGCAAAAGGAGAUGUUAUAUGCUUCUAAACUGCAAGGCAUGGUCUGUUGCGAUUCUUGACACGGGAAAGGAAUGCCAGCUGGCCGAUCACUACCCAGGAACUAUGACCCACGGUAACUCGAUCUUCGGCGUAUACGCAGAAGGUUCUUCAGCUUACACAACAACGACGACCACGACCACACCCCAACCAACAACAACAAUAAACCCAAACACUUAUGAACUGAGGUUUUUUAAAGAAGGUCUGUGUUCCAAAGACAGAGUUCUCAGUGGUGUGUCUGUGAAGCCUACGGCACUCAGUAAAUCACAUCUGAUGUACACUGUGUGUUUCAAAGCAAAGAUAAGUCCAACAUUUACUCUGGAUACAAAUGAUGAACAAAUUGUAUCUACUGGCCCAGACAUUCCAUCUCAAAUGUGUGAGGCCAACAGGGUAUUAGUGGGUUUUGUUCCUUAUGGCGAAUACAUCCUUUCAACUUACAAAACUUCAGUGCCCUAUGAUAAUCCACUCCACUUGCCUGGUAAGUGCCAUUUUUUGAAAAAUUGGCAAAUAAACACAACUGACUGCGUUACUUUGCAACCCACAGCAGGUUCCUGGACCGGCCAGGCAGAUACAGGAACCCUAACAAUCAUAUGGGACUACUGGAUUUCAUGUGACCCAUUCUAUGUUGCUGUCCAACUCACAAGACAAUUAACUGGGGUCAACCGAGUCAUACAAUCUAUGAAAUGCUGUAAGAUUGUCCCUAUAGUCUAAUAAGUGUUAUAUCAAAACAUGACAUUUAAUCAAUGUAAGUGCAAAAGUAUAAAAUACAGUGCAAAUCUGGUUGCAAUUUUCUUGUUUUGGAGAACAUUCUACAAAAUAACAAAAUUUCAUAUUUCUUUUGUCUGUUCACAUUGAAUUUAAAAAAAUUUCAGUUUCCUGGGGAUAUUUUGGAAUUUUGUAUAUUAGAUAAUUAACCUUCAAAACAUUUUCAUGACCUGCAGGAACACUAAAAAAAUUCCUGCUGGAGGUGAAGAUUCUGAGUGACUUUGAAAAUUUUGUUUUAGUAUGAACUUGUUUUAUGAAUAUGAGAGUACAGCAGUGCGUAGGCAGAGUAGAGCUAGAGUUCAUACAGGAAAAAGUUUUAUUUCUGUAUCUAGGUAGUUCUAUUAAUGCACUGUGGUAUUUCAAAGGUGUUUGACUGAUUUAUAGAUUUUAGGUAUACAGGCUACAAGCAAUGGGACAACUAAGGCCAAUGAGUACUUAGAAUAUUGUAAAUCUAACUAAAAUUCAUGCAAAACUAUAGGGUAAAAGAAUUAAAAGUAUACAAUAGCUAAAUCAAAAUUAAUAAAAAUCUAUCAAAAGAGUUAAACUCAGAAAUGAAAGUUAAUUCUCUUUAAAAAAAAUAACAAAUAAACAAAAAACAGUCAUUCAUUUACAUCCCAACCAGUAAAUAGUGGCCAGUCAAUUAGAAAAUGCUUAACCGUUAAAACUUCUCGACAGGCUCUGUAAAUCUGGCCUGCCUUCCUUCUCCAUUUUGCAUUAAGUAUCUAUGAGUAGCAUGCACAUGUCCUAUAAGCAUCCUUGUUAAAAUAAUACUAGUCCUCCGAUCUGAAUGGGAAUUUCAAUGUCUUGAUUAACAGUUGUUUUGAUGACUAGAGUAUUUGUGUUGUACUAUGUGUACCUAGAUUGUAUUACAGAUGUACUCAAUUGUAUUUCUAAGUCUCCUGAUUGGUUCUGAACACCAGCAUGAGUGUAUAUUUUGAAUUGAAGAAGUUUUUGGUAAUUUUGUCACCAUGUCUUUUUCCAGUACUAAUUUAUGCUGAGUAAAUGAUGGGUUCUAUCAACUAAGUUUUAAAUUAUGGCUCAAUAUCAUACUAAUAUUUUCCAUGUUGUAAGAGAUUAA